AUGUCUAUGACUAACAACGAUGGAAGUGGAGAAAGUCCAGACCAUGGAUACUCCCACGGCGAUGAUAAUAGUCUCUAUGGAUCCCGGUCCCUAUCCCGAUCACCACAUACAGCAGGACCAUCAAGCACAUCUACAGGAGUGUUACGCAAACUCGGGCAGUUUUUAGCCAGCCAUGCACUUGAAUCUGUAAGCGAUACCCUCGGAGAGUUUGCGAAAAAGCAUCGACCUCGCAUAACGAGAACACAGCCUACAAGAACGGAAUCAUCAGGUGGCACAAGGACACCAUCUCCAUUUGAUAACUAUACCGAUACUUCGUCUGAAAGGCGCAGGCAAGCAAGUACAGUGGAGCCUCGAAGAGGUCGGACCAGACGUCGUCCUGGAUCACCUGAGCCAGAUGAUACCAUAGUAUCAGGUCCGGACAGUCCUGACGGCAAUAGUACAACUCGAGAUACAAGUAUUGAAACUGCGGAGACGGUUGAUGCUGUUGGGUCUGACGAAAGUGACUGGUCAGACAUCGGGGUAUCAAUGCCGAAGGAGACAAAAAAUUCCGGCCUUAGUUCAGUCACAUCCACCAGUGGAAGGAGAAGGAGACUCAAAAAGAAGAAUAAAGUCUUCAGAGCGCGAACACCGCAUCCAUCAAGAGGAUUUACAGGUACCUCUUUGAAUGCCUCUACCCGUACUACCAGCAAGCGAAACACGCAACAGAGGUUGAAGGAUUGGUACUCCAACUACAAAGGUCCAACGAACAGUCCCGAAGAUCCUACAAACACAUCCAAUGUACCAAGUGGCGGAGGGCGAACUUCUGAGGUUCCCCAAGCGAGUACGAUUCCCCCAGGCCCACCACCUGGAGGUAGUGAGAACUCGCCGUCUUUACUUGGUAGAGCUACCGAAGCUCUGCGAUCAGUAUUCACCGGAAAUUCAACAGCGUCUGGACGACGAGAGCAUACCUGGGAGAAAAUGGACGGUCCAUUUUGGAAGGGUUACAAUGAAACUGCCAUGCAAAUGAUGCAAGAAAAUGCUUCAUCAUCGUUCGGCAACCAAGCGUACCCUGGUCAAGGUCGAUCAUGGCUCGAUCCUGAUGACCCGUUCAGUGGUCAGAAUAGCGCUCCUUAUCGAGAUUGGUCGACGGCAAAUGUCCUGAACUCCAAUCUGCGGCAACCAAAUCAAAUGCCAAAUAUCGGGCAGCAAUUUUAUGUACCCCCUUCUACUGCUGCGGGUUCACAAAUCCCACAUAUCUUUGGAAGCCAAUUCCGGGGAAUCUGA